GAAGGGUUGAAAAUGAAGAAGACAGGCAGUAAUCAUGAUGCAACGAAGCCUAAUAGAAAGACAGUGGAGAGGAACAGAAGAAUCCAUAUGAAAGGGCUAUGCUUUAAGCUUGCUUCUCUUAUUCCUGAUGAUCUCCACUACAUCAAACCCGCCAGGAACAUGGUUUCACAGCAAGAUAAGCUUGAUUACGCCACCCGCUAUAUCACCCAGCUGAGAGAAAGAAUAGAAAAGUUAAAGCGUAAGAAGGAACAAGUUGCAGUGAGCUUAGGUACUGGUAGCUGUAAUAUGAUUGAUGACACGGGAAAUGGCUCAUGGCUUCCUGUUGUUGAUUUAAGAGACUUGGGUUCCAGUAUAGAAGUGAUUUUGAUAAGUGGGUUGCAGAAGAAUUUCAUGUAUGAAGUUACUUGUAUUCUUCAGGAAGAAGGUGCUGAAGUUGUCAGCGGUAGCUUUUCUACUGUGGGUGAAAAAAUUUUCCACACAGUUCAUGCUAAGCCGAAGAUUUCUAGAAUUGGGGUUGAGACUUCAAGGGUAUGGCAAAGAUUGCAAGAACUAAAAAACUGA